AUGACUUCGAACGGCGUGGUCCCUCACGUCUUAUGCGGUCGUUGCUCCCGCAUCAUCCACUCCGACUGGGUACAAGAACGACUAGGACGGGUCAAACCAUGGACGGGCAACAGCAAUUGGGCAUUGGACGGGGAUUCGGGACAGGAAGAGAGACUGCGCUUCUUUCAUAGCGAAAGCUUGGAGAAGUUGGAUGCAUCCGCCGCCGCGGGGUGCCAUCUCUGCACUCUCGUCAGCAAAAAGGACCAAUACUUCGAAUGGUCUAAAGACGAGGAGUAUACCGGUCUUGUCCAGGUUGUGGCUUGUGCUGGGCCUUACUCGGUUUGGCUGGAGACAAGCCGGAUCCAAGAGCUAGAAAUUGACGAGGACAUGGCGAAUGACUUGGCCGGAGUGGACGAGUGGCUGGAAGAGCGCUACAACGAGAGUUAUGACUUUUCUGGCGCAUGGAUCAUGGAUGACUUUGUCACUGUCCAGCUGCGGAAGGUCCGAAGUGGAACUUACUCCCCAGCUGGUCCGGAUUCUCAUACCCCUCUGUCUCCGUCCUCGGACGCCCCCGAAAUCCUCAAGUCCAUGCAAUACUGGCUGAAAGACUGUGUCGCCAACCACCCCGAGUGCAACCGGUAUUCCUCCACGCAGAAAGACCCCACUGCGAUAUGGCUGCCUACGCGGCUCAUCGACGUGGGAGAAGUACCCGGCAACCUGGCUCCGCGACUGGUGAUAUCUGCUGCCGAAGGCCUUGCCCAAAAGAAGGCACACUACCUCACGCUCAGUCACUCCUGGUCCAUCUCCACGAAAGCGCACAACUUGAAGCUGGAGACAGAGAACAUGGCCCAGUUGCAAGAUAGCAUACCGCUUGAUGACAGGUUGUCCAAGACGUUCCGAGAUGCUAUGAAGAUAACCCAGCAACUCGGAUGUCGGUACAUAUGGAUUGAUUCCCUGUGCAUCAUCCAAGCUGGUUCAAAGGCGAAGGAAGACUGGCAAAGAGAGGGCCUUACCAUGAGUGACGUCUAUGGCUAUUCCCGCUGUAACAUCACUGCUCUAGGAACCGGUGGCAACGAUGGAUGUUACACCCCCAGGAACCCAUUGCAGACGAGUCCAUGCCGGAUCAAAGUUUGUGACGACAAGUCCACUGUAUACGCUGUCAACUCGCUGCUCGAAAACACGUUCACGGAAAAUGUGGAACAGUCGCCUCUGUUCAAGCGAGGCUGGGUCUUCCAGGAAAGCGUACUCUCUUCACGAGCCGUAUACUUUGGAGCUCCCCAGCUCUUCUGGGAAUGUCGCCAUCAAGCUUUUGCCGAGUCGUGGCCGUUCAAGACUGAUACGCCCAAGGUUCAACAGCGCCUCACCGAGCCUACCUUGCGGGCCACUGGGGACACACCCUUUUCUUCCAAGACCGUUUUCGAGGCGCUCUGUAACGCCGAAGAACAGCAGGCGAAACAAGGAGCAAACGAGGACAGGGCAAGACACCUGAUUGAGCACACGUUUCCCUCUUUCCUCGCUUGGGAAAAGAUCGCAAAGACCUUCAUUGGCACAUCCCUAACCUUCACCUCCGAUCGCCUUUUCGCCAUGGCCGGCAUCGCCCGCGCCAUCGAACACUUCCGCUCCUUCACCUACGUCACCGGAACAUGGCGCGAGCUCUACCCGCUCGACCUCCUCUGGCGCUUUACCCGUGAGCUAGGCGAGAGAAACAACGUUAUCUCUGGUUCUAACGCCCCUUCGUGGUCAUGGGCUGCCAAGGAACUCAACGUGAAGGAGUCGCUCAAGAACAUUGCAGAAAGCGAAAAGAACACUCAACGGCCCGACCAUUGGGAUGGGAACAAGCGGUUUUUGGUCGAGUCUGUCACCAGCGUCGCCUACCUUUCCGACCUGGUCGAGUUUCCCAACCCCCCGUUUGAGUCGAAAUACAGGCCUGAUAACGAGGGUGAGAUCGCGAUUGUCUUGAAGGGUCGCGUGCGGAAGGGCCUGGUUAAGACAGAACUUGAUGUUCAGAACUACCCGGAAGAUCGAUUGUACGUCGAAGGGAAGGACGCAAAAUCGCCUGUCAUUGUCCAUAUGGACGAUGACACGCCGACGGAUGGACUAGAGGUGGUUCUCUUCUUGUUGAUGGAGUGGGAAGGGUUGGUCAGUAACUACUGGAAACGACAAUUCCAGGCUGGAUUGAUUUUGGUGCCGGCCAAAGAUGACGGUCUUAAAGGAGGGCAAACGGUCUACCGGCGUGUCGGUGCGUUCAGGACGGGUGAGUUGUCAGACUGUCCUGUUGAUGCAUUCGACGGGAGUGAAGUGGAGGAGCUGUUGCGUAUUUGUUGA